AUCCUCCCUGAAAAAUUUCGCAUUGUUAUUUAAAAAUUGUUCACUUCAACUACGUUCAUGAUUUCAAGCAACGUACACUAUUUGAGUUUUCAGAUUGUAUUUUCCAAGGAGAUUGUAACUAUAAUUGUUUACCAAAUGUACUUUUCGUAUGUGACAAACGUAAAAUUAUCGUGAAAUUUUCAUAAAGAAAUCAAAUCAAUAAUAAGUGGAAUAUAUGCAUUCUUCGAGGCUGUUCUUCGUGAUUUAUGAUUGUUAAUUAAUUGUUAAUUGAUUGGUAGUUUAUUGUUAAUUGAUUGUUAAUUGAUUGUUAAUUAACACAAAGAAAAAACCUACAUGGGUUUUAGCUGAAUGUGGAUUACUGUACCAUAAAAUAUGAGACCACAUUGCCGGCUGUUUCGCGCGUUGAUGGUGCUGGCUGUGGUAUGGAGUGGUGCGAUGCUGUUUUCCCUGUACGCUGGUGUCAUGGAGAUUGCCCAAACCGGCGGGGAGAACCAGGCAAAUUUCCCGGGGGGAGUUCUCAGGGAGGUGACAGAAACGAGCAAUGUCACGGCGGAGAAGAUUGCUCAGUUACUGGCGGAUGAUAUGCUCAUUGCCGAGCACCUGGCCAAUCUUCUAUCCCAAAACGACACAAUCAAAAACCGAUUUGUCGCUUGGUUUUUACCCAAGCUAAACCCCACCACACCCCAGCCAACCCCCACCACACCUCAGCCAACCCCCACCACCCCUGAACCACAGUCGACCACCACCAAGAAGAAGAACGCCUUUGAUGAACUUCGCGUCCUUUGGCCUCCCAUAGCCAAGCCCGAAGAUAAUGGGUAUGGCGGUGCUGGUGUGAAGAUUGACCCCACGACCUUGACCCCACGAGAGAAGAAGAUCUUUGACCAGGGCUACCAGAUCUACAAGGUCAACCAGUUGGCCAGUGAUCGGAUACCGCUUCGGCGUCAGAUUACACUGGAUAUGCCUGAGUGCAAGAACAAAACCUUUGAUGUGGGCCAGCUACCUACAGCUGGGGUGGUGCUGAUCUUCACCAACGAGAUCUGGUCGGUCCUGCUGAGGACUGUCUACAGCAUCCUUGACGCCGGUCCUGUGGAGCUCAUCUCGGAGAUUGUCCUGGUGGACGACGCUUCAGAUAAAGAGUUUCUAGGAGCCCCCCUAGAGGAAUACAUCAAAAUCUUCGGUGGAAGAGUCAAGUUAGUUCGUCUACCGGAGAGGAGAGGGCUAAUAGAGGCAAGAGUUGUAGGAUUUGAGCACGUCACUGGAUCAGUUGCGGUCUUUCUAGAUGCCCAUUGCGAGGUCCAUAAAGGUUGGCUAGAGCCACUUCUGGAGAGGAUCAAACACGACGACAAAAUCCUGGCCGUGCCAAACACCGAUAGGAUCAACUACGACACGUUUCAGUAUGAGUUCGCCAGAAACCCCCACCAGAGGGGCGGGUUCGAGUUCGACAUGUACUACAGCUGGAUAGACCCUCCCCCACCCCCGGACGGCAAGAUCAGGAUGUCAGAAGCCGACCCCGUCAAGUCACCUACCCAUCUCGGCUGCUGUUUCGCGGUGUCGAAAGCAAAUUUUGAUCGUCUGGGGAGAUACGACCCUGGCCUUGACAUUUGGGGCUGUGAGAACCAGGAGCUGUCGUUCAAGACGUGGAUGUGUGGAGGCAGCAUCGAGAUCGUCCCCUGCUCACACGUGGGUCACAUGUACCGACCCACCUUCCCCUACACCUGGGGGGACAAGCCCUUCACCCUCCAGAGAAACUGUAUGAGGAUAGCCGAGGUCUGGAUGGAUGACUAUAAGAAGGUGUAUCAGGAUCGUCUGGGUGAUAUUAGGGGCAAGUUGGACAUUGGUGACGUCAGCGCCAGACGUGACCUCAGGAACCGCCUGCAGUGCCAGAGUUUUGAUUGGUUCGUCAAGGUCGUGUACCCGGAGCUGUACAUCCCGUACAACACGUCAGCCACGGGUUGGGUGUCCAGCCUUGUUGACCCAGGUGUGUGUCUAACAAGAGAAGUCCACUGGAACAGUGCCGGACAGCCUGCGGGGGUGGCCAGGUGUGACGCAUGGAAUGCUCAUCAGCAUUUCUUCCUAAGUAAAGAAAGCCAAAUCCGCCGAGACAACGGUUGCCUUGACUACAAUAAAUCAACCAAUCAAAUUGUGGCGAAUUUUUGUCACGGGACCAAAGCCCAGUGGGUCUACACACCUCAAAACACAAUCAAGCUGCUGGAAGCUGACCUCUGUGUGGCCUUGACCCCGGACAAACAGACCGUCGUCAUGGCAACGUGCAACGUCACAGACACCCUACAACAGUGGAACUGGCCGCGGCGAACGCCCUUUGACCCCGUGUGAUGACGUCACUGGGGAUUUCCCAUUUAAGUUUUAAUUUUUUCCUGAGUUUUGAGGACAGAAAUUUAUGUCUAGUAUAGUCAGAGGCAUA